AUGGCUAGUAAGAUCCAAUCAUUAAUGAACCUAGCUGUUCAAAGGGCUUCCUCUCUAGUGUCGAAAACCGUGUACUACGGUAAGGUUGGUGCUGAAUUGUCAAAAACGGUUUACUUCAAAGAAGGCCUUCAACCACCUAACUUUUCAGACUUUGAAAUGGUUUACUGGAGAUUGUAUAAGCAAUUUCUACAAGCAAGUACUAAGCCAAAGGAAUCAAUUGCGGCUAUUAAGGGACUAGGUAAGCAAGAAUGGAUUAAAUACGGCUCUUAUGGAGUUCAAUUCUUGGGUUUAUAUUCUAUCGGUGAAGUUAUUGGUAGAAGGCAUAUUGUGGGAUACAAAAACUACUCAACAUGUUAA